AUGUCCGACAAUGGGGGCUCGCACGAUGCGAGCAACACACAGGAUCCUCGACUCCUCUCCCCCCCGAGAGCAACACGCACGAGCCUUGGCAAGGAGCGUCGUGAUCCAUCCAUAACGCCCCGCAAGUUCCGGAAGUUCUUCACUCCAAGACAGUCCUCUCGAGUCUCUGCUCGUCCAAGUGCAGCUAGGCGGGCUCUGGGCGAGCUGACCGCCAGCGCCCUGAACCGCUCACAGACUCCUUCGAGCCCAUUGAAGCCCUUGUCCAGACUCAAUGGCAAUGCUCGUGAUUCGGAACUGGAAUCGCCACCGCCCGAGGUCAAGAGGAGAAAGCUCCGCCACACCCCGGACUCGUCCCCGGUGAAGGCUUUCACUCAUGGCCUGAACCAGACACCCGUCACUAUAGCCAAGUUUAGUGCAGAGACUACCCUACUGAGCCCAAUUGACUCUAUCCAAUCCACCCGUUUCAGCCAGGAGCUGUCGGACGAUGAAGAUGGAGAUCAGGAUGUGGAUAUGACCGACGAAGUUCGACCUGUGGAAAAGAUCAAGACCUUGAAGCAAAGGGGCUUGGCUGGGAACCUGGUUCAACGGCAGUUGGGCGGGAUGCCGUAUGCUGGAUGGCAGUUUAUGUCAUGUCCUGUAGCCGAUUGGCAGAUGGAGACUGCAGACUUCUGCAGUACAAAAGAUGAUGUUCACAUCUGUCGAAGUCACGAGGUUUCGUCUACAUGCAUACCAUUCUGCGUGGCUACUUGUAAUACCAACAGCAUGAUAGCAAUCGGCGAUGAGGAAGGUCAUGUUCGGCUUCUAGACUCGGUCUCCUCACAAGGAUAUGGCUUGUCGAAAGAGUUCCGGGAUCCCUAUCUUGGCUUCCAAGCGCACGGCAAUGCCAUUAUCGACCUUGAUUUCUCUCCAGACGACAGCCUUUUGGCAACGGCUUGCGGAGAUCAGACUGGCAAGGUCAUUGAUAUGAUGACCCAGACACCCUUGACCGUCCUGGGCCAUCAUACAGCCUCGCUGAAGCAAGUUCGAUUCCAGCCCGGCAGAGGCCAGGGGAGUGUACUCGCGACCUCGAGCAGGGACGGCAGCAUUCAGAUAUGGGACUUGCGCUGCAAGGGACCGCCCGUUGAGGAUCCUCAGGAUUUUGUGCGAACGGAGUCUUUGAGCUUUCAAUUGCCGCGAAAAGUCACUCAGGGCUGCGUGAUCAACAGUCUUUGGAAUGCUCAUACUCGCACCUGGCGCCAGACCAAGUCGCAGGUCCAGCCAACUCCUGUCGACCUUGUCAGUCAGUUCCAGUUGCCUGCACGCACCAGUGAACCAUCCGUGACUGCUCUCCAGUUCUUGCCUCCUGGUCGAGAACACCUAAUACUGUCUGCUUGCGAGGCCGAUGCAUCCAUCAAGCUGUGGGAUAUCCGCAAUAUCCACACUUCUCGCACUAAGAUUGCCUCUCCGGUAUCCUGUACCGUCCCACCAGACAGCCACACCCAGUGGCGCCCUUACGGCAUCAGCUCAAUGAGCCUCAGCACGGACGGCGCACGGCUCUACGCCACAUGCAAGGACAAUACUGUUUAUGCCUACUCUACGGCUCACCUUGUGCUUGGACACGCCCCAGAGCUAGCCUCGCGCGGUGGCCCGCCUCGCCGGCGCCACGGCACUGCGCAGGAAGGACUGGGCCCCAUCUACGGUUUCCGUCACGACAAGUUCCGCGCUUCGUCCUUCUAUAUCAAAUCGUCCGUCCGCUCAGCCCGGAAUGGCCAGUCCGAACUUCUUGCCGUUGGGAGUAGCGAUGCCUGCGCCGUUCUCUUCCCAACCGAUGAACGGUACUUGCAGCAACAUCUCUCCAUGAAGUCGGAGGAAGGGCUCCCCUCAUUGGAGUCUACAUUGUUCUCUACCAGUGCUCCCAGGCGUCCUGGUCUCCUCCGGACGAACAGUACUACCAGCCUUUCGGCUCGGUCCAGCGACACGAUUCCAAUCAUUCGCAAUUAUGGUACAGCCCUUGUUAGGGGUCACGAUAAGGAAGUUGGCGCGCUGAACUGGACACACGAAGGAAAACUCAUCACCAUAGGUGACGACUACCGUAUCCGUCGGUGGUCCGAGGACAGGCAGCGAGCGGCCGAUCUACGAACGGGCGGUGAAGGGCAGGGUCGGCGUUGGCUCAGUGGCUGGGCGGACGUGGAUGAGCGCUGGGAUCUCGAGGGUGAUGACGAAUGGUGA